UAUAUUUCUAGACAAAAGAAAAUGUCAAGAUACGAAAGGAAUACUGGCAUUAGGGGCACACUAGGAAGUAUCUUCGGUCCUCCAACUGCAAGCUAUCAAGAUGAGGUGAUGAGACCUUCUGUUUUGGAGAAGGAAGAGAUCAAAGUAGAGAGUGCACUUGAACUAGAACAGAGUUAUAAGGGCAGACAUGUGAUCGUGACAGGGGCCAGUGGAGCUAUUGGGUCUGAAGUGGCGAAAAUUUUGUUAAAUGCUGGUGCAAAGGUGGUGCUGUUUAGCAAGAACAUGAACUUCCUCGCAAAGUAUCAUGGCAAGAAGAACACUAAUCUCUUCACAUAUACAUUAGACUUUGCUUUCAACCCUUUGUCUCUUGACACCCAAUUCAGGAACGCUAUGAAGGACCUGAAAGGAGUUCUUCACACUCUUAUCAUUUGCCACGGUAAUGUAUUUCCAGGCAGUUUAACUGAACUUAAUCUUCUUAACUGGGAUGAGUGCAUGAAUCUGAAUGUCAGAAGUAUUUUCAUGACUGUCUCACUAGCCAUACCUUUUCUGAAGCUCCAGAAGGAUGAAGAUCCAAACGUUUGUAUAGUCACAGGUGAUGCUGGGUUCAAUCCCUACCCUGGAUUCGCAGCCCAUUCUAUAGCCAAAGCAAUGAUCAACUCUUUUAUAGAAUGCGCAGCAUUGGAGAUGGCAUAUUUUGGCAUAAGAAUUAACGGAGUUGCACCUUCACUGACUACUAAAUGUUUCCAAGAUCUUCAAGGAGAAGACACUAAAAAUAAAGGAGUUGAGAAAACUCUUCAUAUUGGCGAAGCACAGAUUCCCUUUGAGAUGCAUCCUUUGGUUAUUGAAGAGCUUGGAACUUAUCCUGACCCAAAAAUUACAGAGGCUGAGGAAAUAGCAGAUGCCAUUUGUUGGUUAUGAUCAGAUGAAGCCAGUUUUGUCACUGGAGAAAUCACAAAAAUCGAUGGAGCAUUCUCAUUAACAAAGUCUAAUUAUGUUGAAUAUGAGAAGGAAUUCAUUCCAAAACCAAAGGACAGAGAAAUGUACCGUGAGAAGUUCUUCUCAUAAUCUGGAUUUUCUUAAAGAGCUUGAUAUAACAAUUAUGUGUCUU